UGCCCCGCGCGGCUGCGCUCGCAGCGGCCGCGGAGCAUCGGCCGCGUCCCCGCCGCCCCCCCCCCCUACCUUCCCCGCUCCCCGACGCGGCCAUCGCGCCUACGCCAGUCCCCGGCUCCGCUCGCGGCCUACCCCUGCUUCUCGGUAUGGCUCGGCCCUUGGUGCCCAGCUCGCAGAAAGCGCUGCUGCUGGAGCUGAAAGGGCUGCAGGAGGAGCCCGUGGAAGGGUUCCGGGUCAACCUGGUGGACGAGGGGGAUCUCUACAACUGGGAAGUGGCCAUCUUCGGCCCCCCGAAUACCUACUAUGAGGGCGGGUACUUCAAGGCUCGCCUCCGAUUUCCCAUCGACUACCCCUAUUCUCCUCCUGCCUUUAGGUUCUUAACCAAAAUGUGGCACCCAAAUAUCUAUGAGACUGGUGAUGUCUGCAUCUCGAUACUGCACCCACCAGUGGAUGACCCGCAGAGCGGGGAGCUGCCAUCAGAGCGGUGGAAUCCCACCCAGAACGUGCGGACCAUUCUCCUGAGCGUGAUCUCACUGCUGAAUGAACCCAACACCUUUUCUCCAGCCAACGUGGACGCUUCCGUGAUGUACCGCAAGUGGAAGGAGAGCAAAGGGAAGGACCGGGAGUACACAGACAUCAUCAGGAAGCAAGUCUUGGGUACGAAGGUGGAUGCCGAGCGGGAUGGUGUGAAGGUUCCCACCACACUGGCAGAGUACUGUGUGAAGACCAAGACUCCAGCUCCAGAUGAAGGCUCGGAUCUCUUCUACGAUGACUACUAUGAGGACGAUGAGGCAGAGGAGGAGGAGGCAGGCAGCUGCUACGGUGAUGAGGAUGACUCCGGCAAUGAGGAAUCUUGAUGGCCCUCUAACAUUGCUAAACUUACUAUAAACUACUGAAUUUUACCUCAGCUGGGACAAACUGGUUUGAAUUUAGGAUCUGUCAGCCCUGAAAUGAACUCUCUACCUCGCAGGGCGACUGUUCUGCUGUGGCAAAGGAAAGCCCACUACUGUCUUUGUAGAAAAAGCAAAAAAAAAAAACAAA